AUGGUUAAGCGAAAGCGCAAUGAUCCCUCUAAGGAGGAGAAAUCGACCGCGAGUCCUGCCAAGACUGUCAAGUCGGCUCCAACUCCUUCACAAGUUCCCGAUGCAGCUGUGACCAUCCAGGUUGUUACCGGCUCCUAUGAGCGCGUGUUGCACGGCUUCACGGCCGGCUUUCCAGCAUCCAGCUUAACUUCCAAUGAUGCAGACGCCUCCAUUCAAUGUGUCGACACCUUCUUAUUCGAGGCCCACGAGUCCGCCAUCCGUUGCCUGGCCCUCUCCCCGCUUCCCAAGGCCACCGACUCGCCUGACGCCCAAAAGGUUUUCAUGGCUUCAGGAUCCACCGAUGAGAGAAUUCAGCUAUACUCCCUGUCGGCGGCACCACCAGCCGUGACUGAUGAAUACCCCUCGAUUCCCACCCUCGCCGGAAACAAGAUCCUGGAGAACCCGAAGAACCGCGAACUGGGCUCGUUAUUGCACCACACCGCCAGCAUCACCGCAUUGAACUUUCCAUCACGCAGCAAAUUGCUCGCUGCCGCCGAAGAUAACACCAUAUCAGUGUCCAAAACCCGUGAUUGGACCGUGGUCUCGUCCAUCAAGGCUCCCCGCCCGAAAACCCAAGGCCGCCCCAGCGGUGAUACGGCACCCGAGGGGGCUGCGCCAUCCGGAGUCAACGACUUUGCAGUGCACCCCAGUAUGAAGUUGAUGUUGAGUGUUGGAAAGGGCGAGAAGUGUAUGCGGCUGUGGAACUUGGUGACGGGUCGGAAGGCCGGGGUCCUCAACUUUGGAAGAGAGAUCCUCCAGAGCGUGAAGGAGGGCAAGUGGAGCAGUGGAGAGGGACGUCGUCUUGCAUGGAAUGCCGCAGGAGAAGAAUUUGCUGUGGCUUUUGAAUGGGGUGUCGUCGUUUUUGGCGUUGUAAGUUGCUGGAUUUCUUUUGACUCAUCGGAUUUCGGAUUUCGAUCUCGCAUGCUAACCAUGAUACCUGGUACCCAGGACUCGACCCCCAAGUGCCGACUCCUCCCGAGUCCACGAAGCAAGGUUCACCAGAUGAAAUAUGUUUCCCUCCCUUCAGACGGCGAGGAACAAAAAGAUGACUUACUCGCGAUCUCUACCGAGGAUGGUCGCGUGAUCUUCUAUUCGACUACCGCACUCCAAGAUCCGGAGGAGGGCGAUGAGUCGACAAUUCCUCACGCCACUCAGGUGGCGCAGGUUGGUGGGAAACAAGCGGGUUUUCCUGGUCGCAUCAAGGACUUUGAGGUUCUGAGCCUGGAGGAGCAAGGGAACGAGUUCCGUAACGACUUCGUGCUGUUGACUGCUAACAGCGACGGCGUUGUCCGUUUCUGGAAGGUCAAUGGACAAGAUCUGGCUUUGGAAAAGCAAGACAAAGCCAAAAAGGGCUCAAAAGAAUCCAAAGACUCUACACGGCAAACCGGUAACCUGUUGACAACCUACGAGACAGGAAAUCGCAUCACUUGUCUCGCUGCCUUCAUCAUGCUGCCAGCGGAAGACCCAUCAACACUUUUUGCUUCUGAAGAUGAGUCUGAGGAGGAACAAGAGGAGUCAAGUGAGGAUGAUGAUGAGUAG